CAUUAUCGGUGUAAAGGAAUUGCUGAUUUGUAGAUAUGGAUGCUAGAUGUGGUGGAACUGAUUGGUUAGAUGAAAGGAGCCGUAUGUAGGCAACCUUAUUUGAAACCAGUUCCAUCAUGUUUUAAUGAGUCAUCUGGAGUUAUCUCCCCACAUCGUUAACAACUAGGAGGCGCUCUUUUCUUUUCCAGCACGAACAAAGAGAUUAAGAGAUCGGACCCGGCAGCCUAUAAGGCCCAGCAACUAUCGGAUAUUUUCAGUUUGAACGGCAGUUUUUAACAUAAUUUCUAGAAUAUCAGACGUCUGUGGCAUAAACGGAUUUUUACUUGAGAUACGUCAUGAAUAUUAAUAAACUUUGAAAGACUAAAGGAAGAUGUGAUAAAUAACAGAUAUAAACAUGUUUAUAUAAUAUAUCUAUGAAUCAAUAACUGAAAUACUGUGUUCUUGUCUGAGAUUGAUAGAUAUUUCACUUCCUCACUGCCUGAAAUAUUUACAUUUCACAUUCUAAUUAAACAUGGAUACAUUUACAAGGAAAUGUAUGGCCUUCGGAUACUGAAGUCAACAGAAACAUAUAUAUAUAAGAAGAAAUACAAGAAAAAUAUUUAUUUAUUGUGGUAGUAUCAGAAACAUUAUAGAACAAUGAGUUAUGUGAGAAAUGUAAAGGAUAGCUUACUUCGUGAAGAGAUGACGAAAGAAGGAGAAAAAUUAUCGUACUGUUGUGAUAUUUGCAAAAAGUCUUUCUCUCGGAGAGGGAACCUAACUACUCAUAAAUGCAUUUCUACUGGAGAGAAACCAUAUCACUGUGAUAUCUGUGGUAAAUCAUUCUCUCUAAAUAAACUCUUAACUAAACACAAACGUAUUCAUACAGGAGAGGAGCCAUACCAUUGUGAUAUCUGUGGUAAAUCAUUCUCUGGAAGUAGUGACUUAACUACUCACAGACGUAUUCAUACAGGUGAGAAACCAUAUCGGUGUGAUAUCUGUGGUAAAUCAUUUUCUCAGAAUAGUAAUUUAAUUCAGCACAGGGACACUCAUACAGGUGAGAAACCAUAUCGGUGUGAUAUCUGUGGUAAAUCAUUCUCUGGAAGAAGUUGUUUGGCAAAACACAAACGUGUUCAUACAGGAGAAAAGCCAUACCAUUGUGAUAUCUGUGGCAAGUCGUUCAGUAUAAGUUGUAACUUAACUCAACAUAAACGUAUUCAUACAGGUGAGAAGCCAUAUCACUGUGAUAUCUGUGGUAAGUCAUACAGUGGAAGCGGUGACUUAAUUAAGCACAAAUACAUUCAUACAGGAGAGGAACCAUAUCAAUGUGAU